AUGAUCGGCCACUAUAUCCGAACUUCCACUUCGCUCCGCUAUUAUUUGCCAGACUGGAUUCUUGGUGGGGGGCUUUUAGUUUUCUUCUUCGCUAUUUUGGAACAUGCCAAACCGUUUGAAAGAAAAUUCUCCACUGAUAAUCCCAACUUGCAAUUCCCAUUUGCAGAACAGGAAAGGGUAACAGACAACCAGUUGUAUUUGUUAUCGGUCUUCUUCCCAUGGCUCACGAUCAUAUUGGUGUCCUUGUACCAGAAAAGAAAGUCACAAUUGUCUCAGUAUGACUGGUUCAACUUGGUGUCUAUAUCUACCUUGGGGUUGUUACUUUCAUUCACCAUUACCUCUUGUGUCACAGAUAUCUUGAAAGUUUGGAUCGCUAGACCAAGACCAGACUUUCUUUCCCGGUGUGGAGCCAGAAAGGGAACCGAUGCAACCAAAUUGGUUGGCUUUGAAGUGUGUACCAUGCCAUUCGGUGAGGCUAAGCUCUACGAUGGGAUGAAAUCUACACCAUCUGGCCACUCCUCAGUCUCCUUUGCAGGAUUACUUUACUUGUCUCUCUGGUUAGUUGGUCAGUUCAAGCUUUCCGGUGGACACAGAGUGCUCGUGUCAAGCUACUUCUUCCCUGCCUUGCCUAUCUUGUUAGCCACCUACAUCUCAUUGUCUAGGGCACAAGAUUACAGACACCACUUCUUCGAUAUUGUCUUCGGUGGUGCUAUUGGUAUUGCGAUAGGCUCGUGGAAUUACUUCAAGCUCUUUCCAAGCUUGCUGAGCGAGGCCACCAAUGAAGCUAAGAUUCAAGAGAAGCAAGGCCCCAUACUUCCUUCAUGA